CACCGAACCCUUGCCAUGCACAGACGUGAGCAACACUUGACUGAUUCAUUAAUGUUUCGAAGCGUCACCUCGCCGGCCGUCACCAGUCGUGUAGCGUCCGUCCUCACGCCUGCCUGCUGCCCAAGGUCCUCGCAGCAGUGGCCACAUAAAUCAACACCCAUUGAAGUCAAGUGCAAGAGAACACGGCGCGAAAAGACUAAUUCUAGCGUUCAGUACGUUUAUGAGGUUAUGAGGGACUCCUUACUUGUGUCGCCGCCUCCCCAGCUGCCUAACAUGUCCCUCCUGUCGGUGCUGUUGUUGCUGCUGCCCUUGCUCUUCGCCCAUCCCGCCAAGGCUGCAGGGAUGAACUACAUAAAGGUGGAGGAGAGGGACCGCCACUACCCACCUCUUGUCUCUUCGCCGCCGCCUCCUAUAGAAGAGUCACAGUACCCAUCGGAGCAAGAGCCGUGGGUCGCUUUAGUGAUGGCCCUGUCAAAGCUGCUGGGUCACAUGAUGGAGCCGUACAUAGCCGCCAUGCCUGACCUGCCGCUCGACUGGGCCACCGCUUUGAAGAACGCAAACUUCAUCCUGGACAAGACCUCGCCCACUAUAGGACCUUUGAGAGGCGCGGUGGUGGGCAUGGCGGCGAUGGCUAUUCCUAUCGUGAUGCAGGUGGCGCGGGCCGUGGUGGAUAGCGUGGCCAGUCUGCUGGACAACACUGUGUUCGUGGUGACAGGGCACGGGUUGGGCCGCCGCUCUGUACCCUCGGACGUGACGGAAGAGCUGACGGACUUGGUGCUUCGCCUCAUCCAUCUCGUCACCCGCCACCUGGGCCGCCGCUGAGGCUGUUACCGUCUCCUUGUUUAGCCGCACCAUUGAGUCCUGUAAUAAAGUGGACAUACGGCGCCUUGUUUGCUGUGCCUGACCCUUAGCGCGUCGCGAGGCGGGGCUUCUAUGUAAAUUUCAUCCAUAAAGACUUCAUGAAAAUUUUACUCAAAAUAAUUCCCUCCAUAAUAAAUCAUGUCCAUGUAUCAGUCUUCGCAGCCAUAACGCAACUAGUUUGUACCAGACGUAAAACUUACGUAGAUUGUGGGGCCGCUGAGACUUGUAUGAGACAUUUCAAAUUUAAAGUUUCCCAUAUACUACGAAAAACAAGAUGUAAUGGUUAUUUAAGAGAGACGAGAAGUAUCACCUGAAGAUCUGUCACCUCACAAUGAAGGGAAUUUCUAAAUCUAACGGCAAGAAAUAAUUCUAACCUUGCAUCAUCACGUAGUAAGAAAUUACAUAUCAAGUGCAGCGUAAGGUUUAGUUGCUAAAUGGGGUUAUAAUUAUAAAUGCCCUAAUGUGAGGAGAAGGUUUUCAGUGUUGCUCGAGUGGGUGCAAGAGAGGCCCAUCAGGAACAGGCUGCAGCUUCCCAUUAUUUUGAUGUGCAGCGUCGCAGUUAUUUUUUAAUGGUCUUAAGAAAUGUACUAUGAGGAGACUGAUAUUAGGUUAUGAAACGAGUGGAAGGGCGGCGCGCCAGAAAAAUGCUGCAGUUCCCCAUCACUGUGAUCUGCAGCACCACCGUUUUCUUAAAGGAUGUCUUAAUAAAGUAUUGGGUUUCGUUCCUUCAACACCUACGCUUAUAUUCUUGAAACGCAUCGUUCGCACACAAAGACCAUUUCCAAAAGACCACAGAGAUUAUUAUCCGGGUUUUCAAGGAUGUUUUCCACGUUUAUUAUGAAGAACAUCUGCUAAACUACAACUGGAGUCAUGAAAACCUAUCUGAAAAUCUCGGUAACCUGCAGUAGUGCCAUUUAAAACUAGUGGAGAUGAGACACCGAAAUAUCUAACCUUACCUUGACAUUUCUGUGCGAGUAUAUUCUUAGUAUGUCUUUAUCUAUGCGUGAAUAUGUGAAGUGCUGUGCGUAGCCUGUGUGUAGCAUGAAGUUGAGGAAGCUUGCUAACUGCCUCUGUCUUGUGUUCAGUCUUGCGUCCAUCUUCUGGCGAGCUAUCCCUUGUGCACUCUCUCUCUCUCUCUCUCUCUCUCUCUCUCUCUCUCUCUCUCUCUCUCUCUCUCUCUCCUGGUGGUGGAUUAGAGGAUAUAUUGCAAAUUGAAUACUUAGAAUUUUUAGAGUUGUGAAGCAUAUUCUACUGCGAACUUACGCUAAAAGAGGAAUUUUUGUGACAGUAGCCCUAUAAACGAUGAUAAAAAACAAUUGUAUUUCGGAGCGUAUGUCUCCUUUUUGCUCACUGUCGAAGCAACAAGAUUUUUUUUUUUUCUGACCCGUGCACUUUGUUACGGAUUAAAACAUACACGUGGAGCGAAGUUAGAAAUGUUGGCUUAAGAAUUAAUUGUUAAGUUCCCGUUGCGUUUCAAAAAAGAAAAUGUUGGUCUGGGAAAAUUUCACUUUGCAUUGUAGACUGAUGUAAUAAAAUGAUCGGUCUGAAGUUACCCAUCUCGAGAAAAUAACUUUAUGUAUCUGUGAAUGAGUGAGUGUCUCUCCACCGCGUCUCUCCCUCCCUUCAGGGGCAGGUUCUGGCCGUAGUCUUGAGUGUAGCCUCUGUAGCGACACUGCCAUAUUUUGCUGGGUGUCUGUGGCUAUGGAAAGCCGUGGCACAUCAUUGCAGGUGUACAGAUUAUUGCCCAUACACAGGAACGCUAUGCUCUUUCAACAUGACUUCUCAAAGGCCACAGGUGAUCUACCGGAUUCUCAAGAAAAGAAAAAAAAUCCUUAAAAGACCGUGUAACUUUGACUAAAACCUUUGGAAAGAAGUGGAGGUGCGGCGCAGACGUAUUUCAGAAUACGAAUCUAUGUUUUACAUGUUACCACUCUCCCAUGGCUGCUGCCCAUGCUGUGGCAACCCACGCCUUGACAGUUCCGAGUCUUGGUACAGCGGCGUCAUAAGAGUGAAUAUUAAUUACUUCAAAAGUCGAAACCAUUACCACCUCAACGGAUCCUGACUACUCCCUGAGCGAGGAGAGCUCGGAGGACGUGCCCUUCGUGAAGUGGGAGUUGGUGGAGGUGGGGCGACCCAUCUUCCACGGCUCGUUGUAUAUGGUUAACAGGGGCUGGCUGGUGCUGCCCGACGGCUACCAGUUACCCAUAGCCCUGAAGCAACCUCUGCCUGAAGCGCGCAGCUCCAUGAUAGAAGGCAGCAUGCGGAGGGAGGCUCUGGCCCUCAAGACGCUGGACGGCCUGGCGGGCGUCCCCAGACUGUACGGAAUGACGCAGACCGGCUCCGGCUUGGGUCUCGUGAUGAGCUUCAGCCCCGGCCGCUCCCUGGCCAGUCUGCGGGGCGACAUGAGUGCCCGGAGCUACCUGACGGUGCUGAUGUACGCCUGCGGCACGCUUCUCAAGAUGCAUGAAAGGGGCGUCACUCACCUCAACCUGCGUGACGAGCACAUUCUGAUAGACGUGUCAGAAGACGGCAAAAUGAGGUCAUUCACAAUCAUUGCCUUCACUCGGGCAGAAAGAGAUUGUGGCCAAUGGAAGAUGAUGCAUGACGCGGAGAUUGUCCGAUCCAUGGUGUCCAGCGUGUAUGACGAGGUGGUCAGCAACCCUCAGGCUGAACGUUACAUUAACCAUGAACGUAUGGACAAAAUUGUGCAUGGAAAUACGACAGUGGGCCAUAUCAUGAUGGAACUGUGCAGCAUCCUCCACGGCCAUCCUGUGGACGUGCCCUGCAAGUACCGCCCGUGACUGGCUGCGUGACUUGUUAAAUCAAACACGUGAUUACUCAUUGUUUGUGACUUUAUGUUCCUUUCCUAUGAAACAA